CUUUUCUUCCCCCUGCACCGAGCAAAAAGAACCCAGCCAAGCCGACAACCCCACUUGGAAAACCGGAAAUUCCAGAUCUGCUCUGCUUCUUCAUCCUGUCCGUUUGCUACUCUUGCUUGUAGGUGCGAAUUUCCUUGAUUUUUCGAAUUUUUCCUUCCAUGCCGCCGGCCUUCCCCCAAAUUGCAGCUCCGGCCUUGCUUGCUGGAUUCUAGUUCUUGAGUGUUCUGUCACCCGAGUACUUGGCUUGAGUUCCGGAUUUGAGGUAAGUAAAUUUAUGGUAAUGUCAUAUAGUUUUUAAAAGCAUGUUUUGAAUUGUUUUUGAAGUGGUGGCGGGACUAAACCCGUUUUAUAUAAAAGUAAGUAUGACUGAUUUGAAGUGAAAUUUUUAUGUUUUUCAUUAAAUUGAGCAUGCCUACUUGAAAUUUAAUUGAUUGUCCUGAUAAUCUGAAAGUGAUUGGUGAAUUAUGGUUUUUUUCUGUUAACUUCUUCCUGUUUUGUCUCCGAUGGGGUCAUGUUAUUAGUGUGCCUGCUAGUGGGAGGUUUAUAAACGCUAGCACAUGUCGACAUGUUAUUGAUAGAACCGGUUCAUUCGAGUGACCCUGCUAGUGGGGGUUAUACAUCAGCAAAUAGUGUAGCCUGCCAGUGGGAGGUUUAUAACACUGGCUAUGGCCUAUAGAGGAGACGUCUAUUUCGUUCCCGUACUGUAUCCGUUUUUUGUAAUUACACUUGUUGGCAUGCUAUAAGUUUAAUAAGGGGCACUCCAUAUUUACUUACUGAGUUAUCUCAUAAUUUUUCCUUGUCCACCAUUUCAGGAAGCGAAGUCAAGGACGGGAAAAACGAGGGGACUGACGAGUUAGAAGGCUAGUUAUUUUGUAAAAUCGAUAUAGAUUUUAAAUAUAGAUCAUGAUCUUGUAAUCUAGAUUUUGAUUGGAGAUUUUAUAAAUUCAUUUAAUGGAUUGUUAGUUUACAAGAGAUUUGACCUUGAGAUUUUGAGCUUAAGUCAUGUUGGACAUAGAAUUAUUUUGAAAUAUCUGAUUUAAGUUAUUGGAUUGUCAGAUGUGAAUUGGAUAAGUUCCGAACCUUGUGCAUUUGUGGGAUCCUCUUACAAGUGUACGGCGCCUGCCACGUCUUCGGAUUUGGGUUCUGGGGUGUGACAGUAAUGCUCUUGGAUUUGAGGUAGUGAGACCCAAGAUGUGGGAAAUCGAGGGGAGUGACGAGCUAGAAGGCUAGCCAUUACAUUUUGAACGUAGAUUUUGAGUUGUAGAUUAUUCUUUGUAAGCUAGAUGUUAUUUUGAAAUAUUGAUAUAAGUUUAUGUGGACUAUUAGUAAUGAAUUUAGCAAAUUCCGAGCCUUAUGCAUUUGUGGGAUUACCUCACAAGUAUACGGCAUCUGUUUCACCCCCGGAUUUAGGUUAUGGGGUGUGACAUUAUCAUUUAAUUAUAAUUAUAAAAAAAUAAAUUAUGUAAACAAAUCUAUUUAAUAAUAUGAAUUCAACCUU